CGACUCCUCACCUGGAAAAGUGAUAAUUCACUCAGGUUGGCUACAGGAACAUGCAGGCAUGAUUGGUAUGUACUGGUGAGAAGAUUCCCUCGCCGAAGAUAUCUGCAAGCUGCAAGCAUGAGCUGAGGUGAGAUCCGAUGGAGGGGAGCGGCGGCGGCAAGCACUUCAUCCUCGUCCACGGCCUCUGCCACGGCGCGUGGUGCUGGUACAAGCUGGCGCCGAUGCUCCGCGCCGCGGGGCACCGGGUCACUGCGCUCGACAUGGCCGCGUCCGGCGCGCACCCGGCGCGCAUGGACGAGGUGCCGUCCUUCGAGGACUACUCGCAGCCGCUGCUCGACGCCCUGGCCGCGGCACCGCCCGGCGAGAGGCUGGUCCUGGUCGGGCACAGCCUCGGCGGGCUCAACCUCGCGCUCGCCAUGGAGAGAUUCCCGCGCAAGGUCGCCGCGGCCGUGUUCCUCGCCGCGUGCAUGGCGUGCGCCGGCAGGCACAUGGGCGUCACCAUCGAGGAGUUCUCCAGAAGAACCCGAUCUGAUUUUUUCAUGGAUAGCAAGAGCAUGGUUCUGAACGCUGAUCAAGGUGCUCGGCCUGCAGUCGCGCUUGGCCCCAAAUUGUUGGCAGCGAAAUUGUACGAUCGAAGCUCAGUCGAGGACCUGAUGCUGGCUACGUUGCUGGUGAGACCAGGCUGCCAGUUCGUGGACGACCCGACGAUGAGGGACGAGGCUCUGCUCACCGACGCCAACUACGGGUCGGUGAAGAAGGUGUACGUGGUGCUCAAGGACGAUGCUUCCAACUCCGAGGAGAUGCAGCGCUGGAUGGUCGACCUGAGCCCUGGCACAGAAGCCGAGGAGCUCGCCGGAGCCGACCACAUGGCCAUGUGCUCAAAGCCCAGGGAACUCUGCGAUGUUCUUCUCAGGAUUGCCGACAAGUAUGACUGAGAAUGGUUGUGCACAUCCAGCCGUACAACAAGCAUGCCAGACCAAAUUCCAAAGGUCCGUUAGAAAAAAGAAUUCCAAAAUCUAGUACACACUUCGAUCCGAAUUAACGGAGACGAUCGGAGGGAGUAAAGAAAUUCCUUUCGACUCAUGUACAAAUGCCAGAGUGAAGCAUUAGAAUAAGUACCUUCAGGGAGUUCACGCUUAAACUGUUUUUUUAGGGUUAAAGCAAAGCUUUAUUAUGAAGACAUGUUGGGCAUUUCGCCCAUUACGAUGACAGCAGCCUCGGCUGGUACAUCAUCCUCCCAUAGGAGGGCUUCAUCAACAUUACAUGCAUAGCCAAGUCUAGCAAUAGUGUGUGCAGCAGAUUUUGCUUCUCUUCUACAGAAUUGGACAGUGCAGCUAGAAAAUCAAAGCUUCAUCUGCAUCUUCAAAUCCUCCAGCGGCAUAGCAUACCUGGACUGGAGAAGUCCGGUUCACAUCUAUUCACAGCAUGGGCUAGGAGCAUGGAGUCAGUCUCAAUGACGAUUCUGAUGGCCCCUAACUGAGCAGCUAAGUCAACCGCUUGACUCAUAGCCUGAAGCUCAAUCGUGAAUGCAUCAGGGACAUGACACAUGAGCCAUCCGGCCAGCUUUGCAGGCCACCACAUCCC